UGAAACUGAAGUGCUGGAUGGAAAGCCUAGGCUAAUUUUAGCCACUUCGGACAGCUCUCUACUGAGGCGUUACAGGGUAUUUUGAGUCCGUAAGGAGUACCAGUCUACUGGAAACAAAACCUUGCCAAACUGCUGACACAGCAAUGCUACAGCUUCCACUUUUUACAACCACAGUUCACAUCAUUGGCUGGACAGGGCCAGUGUCCGUUCCAGAGUGCUCGAAGAUAAAGCAUUACCUUUGACUUUGAACUAGCCUGGAACAAGCAGUCUUCUCCAGGAAUUAACACGUUUAUGCAACUGAUACAAACAGCACAUCCUCAGAUUGAAUUGUUUCAAAAAUUGCAUCAAGUUGUAUUACUUCUGAAUUUCAGUUUUCUGCACUGUCAAAUACUGCUCACAGUCUUAAGGACUUCUGUAGUAGCCUAAACUACUCCUCAAGAUGUUUUUUUCAAAAAACCCACGAGCGGCAUUUUGGAGUUCCAAAUUAUGUAUCUCCUCACUAUGAUUGCAAAGACCCUAUUUAUGUUUUUCUCCUUUCCAACAAGAAGUGGGGUUUGCAUAGCACAUAGAAUCCCACUUUAUUUGAUUUCUGAACGGCCAGAAAGAACUCAAAAAGCAACUUUUACCUACUCAGAGGAGUGUUGAGAACCCAGUGAUAAACACGACCACACAACACCCUUACUACUGGAUCACUCUCAAGAUGUUUCAGGCUUUAAUGCUUGUCUCUGCAGGACAACAAUUCAGCAUACUCCCAAGUUUUAAUACGCUCAUCUAGGUUGGAAGCUAUUCUUUAAGUCUGCAAAACCCCACUAUUAAAAGUGUCUUUAAUUGAUAACGCAAAAAAAAAGGUGUUGGUGCUACCAGUGCAACAGCCACUUCCAGAGCAGUAACUGCGUAGUGCAGCUGAAGAAGCCUUGUUUCCAACAGAUGUGUUCCACUAAAAUAUCAUUCCUACUAUAUUUUCUCCCUUUUCCAUUAGCCAUACGUACAGGAUUUCUUACGUCAAGUACCACAUUCCCUCUAUUAAUCAAUAUUAUAAUAUUCUUAAGAAGUAUAAUAUUAAACAUAGUACUUUAUUCUUUUUGAGACCACUACACCUCUAUGCAUCCUCUAGGAUUUGGGUUAAAAAACUGAGGAGUAUUUCAGGAGAUAGGUGAGGAUGGUGUGAUUAUGCAAGUGUUGUUUCUUUGGGCUGUCAGCAAUAGAGACAGAUAACAUCAUGUGGUAAGAUGCAGGGACUAUCCUGGAAGGAUGUGACACAGAAAGUGAACUGAAAAAUAACAAUAAAUAAACAAUUAAAAAUAAGCCAUUACCUCAGGGCUGUAGGAAACAGAAUGAAUAGCAGAGGAGGAUCAGACUGACACAAUAAUUUUAUUAGAUCUAUGUAAAACUAGAAAUAAUUACUAGAAUAUAUUUGCUUUUUUUCCAACAUGCUUUUGAAGUGUGUAUACUGAAAUUAAAAAAAAAAAAAAAGUAAAAUAAUACAUUUGGGGCAGAUGUUACAGGGAAAGUUCCCCCCACCUUACAGUUUACUAAUUUUUCAAGAUUGUUUUGCAGGAGGAAGUUGUUAUUAAAUACUUCUCUCAUAUGUUUGUGUUUGUUUUCCAAAAGAUAAAUCAAAGCCUGCAGUGAAGGUGAGUGGAAAAAUUGUUUUUUUGGUUAGAGCACACAAAUUAAUUAGUUAUUUUUUAACACGGAAAUGUAGGAACACAUUUGAACUGUCUAAAUUCUUGUAAUCAAUAUUUAUGAAAGAUAAAUAUGUACAUAUGAGACCCUUCUAACUUGGGAUAUUCUAUGAUUCUGAUUUCUCAGGUUCAUAAUAGCUGUUAAAAAGGAUGAAUUUCAAGUUUAAUGACUACUUUUACUUUUGCAAAAUGCAUUAGUUUACUUUGCCAAGAAGUUACAGCAGCACAGGGAAUCAUCUAAAUCAGAACUUUCAGAGACCUUAAAGGGAUUCUGGUAAAAUAGGGAUCUGAAGUGUGUUUAAGUUCCAGUUCAGUGAUACAGGUUGCCUCUGUCUCAAGUAAACUGGAAUGCACUGGGUUGGGGAAGGAAAGAGAGCAGAAAAUGGUCUCAAUACAUGGGAGAUAAUUACAAGUGUACAUCAAGGACCUUGAAAAUUAUAAAACUUUAGUACAGAACAGAAAAAUCAAGACUGAAACAAUACUGGCUGUAUGGUAAAAACAUACGCCUGUUUAAAGCCAGGCUGCAGAAAUGCUAAAGAAAAGCAGAAAUAAUGUUUAUUAAUUCUUUCAAAUGUCAUGCUACCUAAAGUUAUUUUUCAUACUGUUAUUUUUAAAUAGUUAAAUUUAGGAGUGGUAUUCUCUUCCAAGGUAUUCCUAGUACUUAUGAAGAUAUUUAAUUAGUUUAUACUGAGUUAGUGUCUACUUACUUGUUGCUUCAAUUUUGUUUCUGUUUGUUACCCAUGCGAAUUUAUUUCCUUAUUUAAUAUAUGGUGAAAUUUUAUUGCUUUAACAGAUGGGUAAUAAAGCCAGAGCACCUAAACAGGCACUGAGAAUAAGGCACACUGGGCAUGUUCUGAGGUCAGCACAAAAUGCUUGUAUCAAGCAGGAAGACUUAACAAAACCAAGGAGUGAAUCAAGCUUGUCGAUGGCAAAAGGCGAAAAACUGCAAGUUAUUAAACACUCCUCACAUGAAGCUGCAACUAAAGAUCACUCUUUGAUUUUCCAAAGAGAUAGCACAAACAGAUAUCCUGAUUCAGAGAAUCGUAAUGUUGUUAAAAAAUGUAAACAGAAACCCCAAAACCCACAUGUAUCAGCUGAAGACCUAAGAAGUUUGGUGUGUUUAACACAAGAACAGCUUCAACAGAUUUUGAUGACUGUAAAAGAUGGAACCAGAAAUAUCUCUGAGACUCAUAAUGAAAAGCAAGAGGAAAUGGCUACUAAUGAGGUGUCAGAGGAAAACACUAUAGUGUUGCUCCAAAAAGCUUGUGAAGUUUCACCUGUUCCAGAGGAAGUUAACUCUGAUUCAAGCGGGAAACAAGAAGCACAUCCACAGCCAGUUAUAAAGGAUUCGUGGAAGCCUGCCGACAUGUUUAGUACCUUGGGUGAAAGAGAAGGGGAGAAAGCCUUAUUAGAAUUUAGAAAGACCCAAUGGAAGAAGGAAUUAGACGAACAGGUAGCACUGAAGAAGAAACUGAAAGAAACUUUGGAGGGAGAGCUGGGUUAUUUCUGGGCAAAACCUGGCAAUAAUAAAGGCCAUAAAGAGAAAGUGGAAACAGCUGACCCAGAUAAGACAGUGUUUCCAGCUGAUUCGAUUAUUACCACUGAGGAGAACUGUGUCUGUACAGCUGCUUUCACAGCCGAGGCCAAUCAGGUUCCACUGAAUGUUUCAAGUGCUCCAGCUGGGCAGUCGUCUGAUUUCAGUUCUUAUUGCACUGCAUUUUUUUUAGGGGAAGCUGUGCCACAGGAACGACCUUUUAGUGCUUUGAAGCAUGAGCAACAGAAGAAGUGGCUUGAAGAGCUGGACAAACAGAAGGAAGAAACUAAGUUACGAAAAAUAGAAGAAAAACUUAAUUUAUCAAAGGCUGAAGAGCAUGACAGAUGGGCAAUGCAUUUUGAUUCUUUAAAGAACCACCUUAAUGCUAAUGCACAACACCCCUUAAAUGGAAUGUACAAAAAGCAGCCUGAAAGUCUUUGCCUGUCACCUGACCCUCAGGAGCUGACUGCUUUUAUUCACCCUUUUUCACCUGCAGCUUUAGGCAACCUCAUGCCCUCAAAGGUGGGAAAUGCAGAAAAAGCUGCUAAAAACAGUGCUUUGGAACACAGUCAGAAAGUCAGCUUUCUCCGUUCAAUGACAGCUCUCCUGGACCCUGCACAGAUUGAAGAGAGAGACAGGCGGCGGCAGAAACAGUUAGAACAUCAGAAAGCAAUAAUGGCUCAAGUAGAAGAAAAACGGAAGAAGAAACAACUGGAAGAAGAGCAGAGAAGAUGGGAAGAACGAGAGGAAGAACAGCGCCUAGCGCGAGAAAAAGAACAAAUGCAGAAACAGUUUGAAGAAGAUAUGCUGAAACAAAAACAAAAGGAGGAACUUGUCACUCUAAAAACGAAUGAGCUUUAUCAGACAAUGCAGAAAGCUCAAGAAUUAGCACAGAGAUUAAAACAAGAACAACGCAUUCGAGAGUUGGCUCAGAAGGGACAUGACAUUUCAAAACUUCAGAAGAAUCUUUGUGGUGGUGAUGCAGAAUUUGAAAAUUGUAGUACUGACAUUCCAUAUCAAAGUCAUAAUUUCUCUGAUGACAUUAAGAGCCACGUUAAUCAGCAGACUUCUCCUCGGAAGGACACUGCUGUACAGACAGAUUACUUCAAUACUUCAGCAUACACCGAGUCAGCCGAGGAAAGAACUGUGUGUUGCGGAUCACCUGAUGUCUCCAUAGAAUAUAAAGAAACCUCCAGCAGGAAAACAUACCAGAAGGAAACGCAGUAUAUAGAUAAGAAUAAAAUUUCAGGAAAAGAGAGCGGUGGCAUUUCGGAUGAUCUAUAUGAACAGUAUGCAAGAAGAGAAAGACAAAUUAAGCCUUCAGAAAAGUACAGCAAAAGACCUGAUUGGAACAUCAACAAGCCUGGGAAAAGAUACAUUCCAGCAUCAGAAAGAUACCCGAAACAGCUACAAAAACAAAGGGAAGAAAACAAAUUAAGACGACAAAUGGAGCUGCUUCAGUUGGUAGAAAAAAACACCCCUGGGAAUCUCUGCCUAAAAAAGGGUGGUUAUUCAGACAGGUCUCCUUCACCUCGUGAAGAAAUAAACGUGAAGAACAGGGGACACAGAACGAGAAAGGAAGAACAAUUACGUAAGAAUCAUUUGAAUGCAGAAAGAUCUGAAUCACCACCUGUUCCAGCAGUUAAGAACAGAUUACACCAAGCACAACAAAAACAGAUCCAUGCUUCUAAUUUCCUGAUGCAUAACAACAGCAGAAGAGAGAGAAAUGGCAGGAGGGCUGUGGAGCAGAGGAGCUCCCCUCCUCCCGCUGCAGAGGCCAGACCUCCCUCUUCGCAGUUCGUUCCCUACGUUCGAACUAAUGAAGUUUAUUGUCUUGACCCAGAUGCACCAGUGACAAGACCUUCAACACAUGACCCUCAGUAUCAACAGUUUAACGAUUCUUACCAAACGCCACGACAGAUUUUCAGCUCUGAUCAUGUUAGAGAUCCUCUUCUAAAUCCUGAUGGAGUUAAAAUCAGAGAGAGACAACAGGCAAUUCUCAAAGGAUUGUCAGAAUUACGCCAGGGCCUCCUGCAGAAGCAGAAGGAGUUGGAGUCUGCUCUGAUUCCUGCUCUAGCGCCAGAAGAGAACUUCAUUUCGCCAUUUUGAGAGGUACAUAGGAACAGUCGGAAUUCUUAAAAUGUAAAUGCACAGCACUUUGUUUGCUACUAUAAUUAAUUACAAAAAUCUGUAUCUUUUUUAUGAAAGAUUUAAAUUAUGUGAAUUUUGAUAAUUACAGGGUCAUUUUUCAUAUUGAAGAUACAUUUAGCUAAUGAUGGCGUGUCUGUUUAGAAUGGUCUUCAUGCUGCCUGAAGACUUAUGUCCUUUUAAUAUAAAUCACCAAAACAUAGUAUAAAAAUGUUACAUGGGGUUUUGUAGAACUCAGUGUAUGUAUUUUGAUAAAUAAAAAGAUUAAAACGUA